CCCUUUAUCUGACGUCAUAACCGGACAAAUUUAAGCUAAUGCUUGUACAGUACAGUAUCCCAAAUUUAUAACCUAAGCAAAACAUUUGAUAUACAAUUUUGAUCAUAUUCUGGAAUCACAUAUAAAUACUGAUAUUAUUACAAGUAGAGCUGACAAUAAUUCUUGUGCGACGAAAAACAAACAGCUCCGCUGCAUCGGCGCUUAAUUGUUAGCCUAGCUUUAGCCAUGCUCUCCGCUUUCAUUGCUCUUGUGUGCUGCGUUUCGGUUUCGCCGGAGACAACGGAUAUAAGGAUAUGAUUGUUCUUUUUCUUAUUUUAAUCCCCCUGUAGGUUAUUGAACACUCUUGGACAUUUAUUUACCCAAUAAAUCCGACUCAGGAACGACUCUCAACAGAAGCCGCCCAUUGUUAGACAUUUGGUUGGUAAGCUAGCUAGUCGGCUAACUUCGAGGAGCUCGCUUGGUGAAAUUUACAUCGAUAUUUUCUGUAACUACAUCGGUCUGCUUUAACAUGGACAUAGAAAAGACAGUGGACGCUUGAUAAAUAUUCUCGAAGAAGCGGAAUUGCACUGUUCUUUUCCUUUCCUUCUCUUUUUACCACAAUGGCUUCCUCGUCUGGGAAUGACGACGACCUCACCAUACCCAGAGCAGCUAUCAACAAAAUGAUCAAAGAAACGUUGCCAAACGUCCGGGUGGCCAACGAUGCCAGGGAGCUUGUAGUCAACUGCUGUACAGAGUUCAUCCAUCUUAUUUCAUCAGAGGCAAAUGAGAUCUGCAACAAAUCCGACAAGAAGACCAUAUCUCCAGAGCAUGUCAUCAACGCCCUCGAGAGCCUUGGUUUCGGAUCGUACAUCACAGAGGUGAAAGACGUCCUGCAGGAAUGCAAAACGGUUGCUCUGAAGAGGAGGAAGGCCAGCUCUAGACUGGAAAACCUGGGCAUUCCGGAGGAGGAACUCCUGAGGCAGCAACAGGAGUUAUUUGCCAAGGCGCGGCAGCAGCAGGCGGAGCUUGAACAGCAGGAGUGGCUGCAGAUGCAGCAGGCUGCUCAGCAGGCACAGAUGGCAGCAGCUUCUGCAAGCGUUGCCCAGCAGGCUGGCUCUUCUCAGGAUGAAGACGAAGAGGACGAAAUGUGACCCCGCGACUCCGUUUAUUGUGUUUGAAUUUAAUGUCGGGGAAAGUCUUGGUACACAAAUCUCAGUUUUGCCAUGAACAGGGACUGGAAACAUGUUUGUGUACUUGAAAGAGGAGAUUUGGAAGGCUGAAGAAAGGGAUGCGAGGGGGAGGAACAGCCCCACAUGCAAAUCCCAAAGUGUUUUUACCAUGUUACCUGAAAAUGGUAAAAACGGAAAAGGCUGUUAGAAGUUUUUCAUUAAAUUCAUAUUCCCUUGUUUUUUUUUUUUUUCACUUUUGCGUUCAUUGUUAAUAAUUUAUAGCUUUCUUGACGUGUUGAGGGCACGUUUAAAGAGCAGACAUUGUGUGUCUGAUAUAGAAAAAUUCGCAGCAAGUCUUUGCUCUUUCAAGUACUGCGUCAGAAGAUCCGUUCAAGUCCUCCUUAGAACUCAAACGUGUUCAGAAUCUAAAGAAUCCCCAAGCAUCUGGUUUCUGUUUGUAGCGUCUUACUCCCUUCUCGGUUUAUUUGUGAAAAAGUGAAUUCCUGCAGCAUUUGUGUGGGUACCUGUGCAUCAGCGUCUGCCUCUGCACUGUGUAGGGUUAGAUUUAGAGCAUAGGCUAACGGCAGGACGCUCUGCACAUGUGUGCUAUGUAGAGAACUUAAAAGGCAUUUUUGUUUUAAUUUUAGAUUAUCCAGGCACUUCAUUUCCUUAAAACACCCACAGUAUUGAUAAUUAGCAGCACCUAGACAUUUUUGUCUCAUAGAACCAAAGAUAGGGGAUUUAACGUUUGUAGUUUUCUUUUUUUCAGAUGUAGGUGCUGCUUAGUCAAAAUCAUCUAAAACAAUGUCAAAGAUAAUAAACUUGAAUCUUUGUGAGACAUUCUGGUAUUCAGGCUUACAUUGUUGUUUCCGUUCUAGUUUAUUUACAUCAAAUAUCUCCACAGGAAUUUGGGACAUCCUUCUUGGAAAAUCAAACUACCUUAUUGUGAUAUGCAUUUACUGUCUGUUCUACAAAAUUGUAUUCUUUCAACAAUAAAAUAAUUUUUAUAGACUUUUUUUUUAAUCUUU